UGCAGGUUACAAGGAUAAGAUCUAAUCAAUGGAGCCCAGGAACAGUGUGAAUUGCCUCCUAUGGAUGGCUUCCCUCACUGUGAGAGCAAAUUGAAGUGGAUGAAGACUAUGUGGCGGUCAGAUCCUUGCUAUGCCAGCUAUGGCGUGGAUGGGUCCAUAUGCUCAUUUUUUAUUUACCUCAGCGAGGUUGAAAAUUGGUGUCCUCCUCUGCCAUGGAGAGCAAAAAGUCCUCGGGAAGAAACGGACCAACAGAAUUUGGCUGAAAUUCGAACAGACUUCAAUUACCUCUUUAAAAUGAUGUCUGUACAUGAUGAAUUUCGAUGGAUGCGAUUAAGAAUAAAUCGAAUGGCAAGUGCCUGGAUAGAAGCUGUAAAAUCACUUGCUGAAAAACAAAAUUUAGAAAUCAAGCGUAAAAAGAUUCUUAUCCAUCUUGGCCUCUUGACAAAGGAAUCGGGAUUUAAGAUUGCAGAGAAUGCCUUCAGUGGUGGCCCUCUUGGCGAAUUAGUUCAGUGGAGUGAUUUGAUUACAACCCUUUACCUGCUGGGCCAUGACAUUAGGAUUUCAGCCUCACUGGCUGAACUAAAAGAAAUAAUGAAGAAAGUGAUGGGUAACCGGUCAGGUUGCCCUACUCGUGGUGAUAAGAUAGUAGAACUAAUCUAUAUUGAUAUUGUUGGUUUGACACAAUUUAAGAAGACACUCGGUCCAUCUUGGGUUCAUUAUCAAUGCAUGCUUAGAGUGUUGGAUUCAUUUGGUACGGAACCAGAAUUUAACAGUGCUCAAUAUGCUCAGUCUAAGGGCCAUAAGACACCAUGGGGUAAAUGGAACCUGAACCCACAGCAAUUCUACACCAUGUUCCCUCAUACACCUGACAACAGCUUCCUAGGAUUUGUGGUUGAACAACACCUCAAUGCCAGUGAUAUUAGUCAUCUUGAUGAUAUCAAAAGGCAAAAUCAGUCCCUUGUAUACGGCAAAGUGGAUCACUUUUGGAAGGAUAAAAGGUCUUACUUGGAUAUAAUCCAUAGCUACACAGAGGUCCAUGGCACUGUUCAUGGAACUAGUACACUCCACCUUCCUAGCUAUGUGAAAAACCAUGGGAUACUGAGUGGACGUGAUCUACAACUUCUCUUAAGGGAAACAAAGUUGUUUGUCGGCCUUGGCUUUCCAUAUGAAGGACCAGCUCCUCUAGAAGCCAUUGCUAACGGUUGUGCUUUCUUGAAUCCACGGUUUAAUCCACCGAAAAGUAGUAAGAACACGGAGUUUUUCAAAGGCAAGCCAACACUUAGAGAGUUGACUUCACAGCAUCCAUAUGCAGAAGUGUUUAUUGGAAAACCUCAUGUCUGGACUGUUAACAUUGAUGACCCAGCAGAAGUGGAGCAUGCAGUGAAGGCUAUACUUAAUCAGAAGAUUGAUCCAUAUUUGCCCUACGAAUUCAACUGUGAAGGAAUGUUGCAGAGAGUCAGUGCUUUUAUUGAAAAUCAGGAUUUCUGCCAUGGUCAGGUGAUGUGGCCUCCACUGAGUGUGCUCCAAGUUAAAGUUGCGGCUCCCAGGCAGUCAUGUAAGCAGGUCUGUCAAGAAAAUAAACUCAUAUGUGAACCUUCCUUCUUUCAACAUCUGAACAAAGACAGUGAUUUGCAGAAGUAUGGAAUUGAAUGCUUGUCAUUUGAAUCUGUGAAUGAUAUUGUUGUUCCGGCUUAUGACGAAAACAAGAAACGUUGCUUUUUCCAGAGUGAUUUGCUGCUCUUCAGUUGUGCAGGUUCAAAUGGAAACCAUAAAAGGAUCUGUCCAUGCAGAGAUUAUAUGAAAGGACAAGUUGCCCUAUGCCAAGAAUGUGUAUAGCAGUUGCUUAUCCAUUUCCAAAGUAGAUUGUGCUUAAAGGUAGGGGAUAGUAAGUCUUCAUAAGGACCAAGCAUUUGGUUAAUUGUUUCUGAAGGCAUCCCUCAAAAAAUUGAAGGAAAAUGUGUUUUUUUUAUUUAAAACUAUAGUAUUCAUUUGAAGAGAAUAUAUAUUAAUGAAUCCCUGCUGAGCAUCUUAAUAUGGAAACUUUGACAAAUUAUUCAACUUUCUUAUACAGUUUAUGUAUAGAAGAAAACUGAUUUUGUGAAGAGUUGGUAUACAGAUGUGACUUAUAGGUGAACUAGUAAAUAUUCUAAAUUCAGAAAAUCAUGUUACAAAUGCAAAAUGAAAAUUGAGUUCAGACAACAAUAAAUAUAAAAACCAAAAGAACUGCAGAUGCUGUAAAUCAUGAUCAAAAACAGAAGUUGC